GGUCUCUCUCCUUAUCUGAUGGAGAGGAAGAAGACGCAGAAGAAAAUGUCAGCGGGUAUUAAAAGAGGAAUAAGCGCUAAAGCCGAGUCAAGAAAAUGCGCUGCGCGUUUCUGGAGGCUUUUUCCGCACCUAGUGCUGUGUCUGUCUCUUGUCGGGUACGCAGCGCUGGGUGCGCUCUUGUUCCAGCUUAUUGAAGGACGGGUUUCGUCCACAACCGAGCCCAAGUACCAUGAGUUCUUGGGUGAAAUUGUCACCAAGGUCCAGAACCUCACCGGUAAGAGGCCAUUGUAAAUCCUUUUGUACCGAACUAACUAAGAAAUUGAAAGAACUUUUUUUAAGUUAGACAGUUGCUUGUUUCAUUAUGUGGACUUCUGAGAGUUUUAUAUGGCAAGUAAUACAAGGUUGAGCCGGUUAGCAUCUGUUAAAAAAAAACGUACAGACUUUUAACAUCUGCAGGAAAGCCAGCUGGCAGAAUGAGGUCUACAUGACCUGACCAGCUCAAAUAUAAAUCAAACUUCAUGAUAUUUAAGCCAAAAUUGUCUCGAUAACUUCAUUGAAAUAAAUACGAUCUCUUGUGUUAAAAAAGCUUAUCAAAAAAAACUUUGCCAUUGUAGGUUACUGCAGUCAAUGGUGUUCUUAUCCUUGGUUCAUGGUAAUAGUUUGUGCUUAGACAAUCUACAAAGUGUCAUCCUAACACCCAUACCUGGAUAGGCGUUUCCCUUAAAAUCACCCCAUACACUGAUGUCGUUGGUUAAAUUACAAGAAUUGAUUUGAGCAUAUGUGUGGAGAAAAGUUGAUUCACAUUUCUGUAAAAUGUAAAGACUUUUUCAGAUAAAGUACCUCAAGCCUUUUCUUGAGUAUGCUCACGGUGAUAGUUCAACUUCUACUUUAAAAAAAAUGUUAAAUCAAAAUAAGUUGAAUAUUUUUUAAAAUCAUUCCACCCUCAUUCAUUAAAUCUGAAAUCAACGUGUUCUCCUUCCUCUCAGAAAAUGCCUCCUACACACAUCAGGACAUAGUGAAGGAGGUAGAGACUAAAAUGCGUGAAGGAUUUAAGUCCAUUUGGCUCCAGAGACCGGACAGGUGGCACUUCUUUGGCUCCAUGUUCUUCUGCUGCACAGUGUUCACUACAGUGGGUAAGUAAUUAGCUCUCUAGCUCCUGCAUGCUGAUGGCUUUUAAGUGAUAUUAUAUUAUAUUGUAUGACAUUAUAUGACAUUAUACUAUAUGACAUUAUAUUAUAAGGUCUAUGCACUCCAUAAGUUUUUCUCUCGAUGCUCAAAGUGAACAGGUUCUUGUGCAUAAACAUGCUGAAGAUGAGCAGCUCACCCCGGAGACGGUGAUGAAGUGCUCACAUUGGCAAGAAGGGAAAAUUGUCUGUUUUUGGGUGGGGAUUAAAAAUAACACAAUCAACUUCCUGAAAACCCAUUUUUUUCUAAAACUCAGCCCCCCCUCCAGCUGGUCUUCUGUUGUUCUGGGGUUUGUUCAGAACUUAAUCCUGAUUUUGUUUGAAGCCUCUCCCAUUAGCUGGUUCACCCUCUUCCUCCUCCUCUGCUCCUCCUUUCAGCUGGUUCAUCCUCUUCCUCCUCCUCUGCUCCUCCUUUCAGAUUGUUUACCCCUUUUCUCCUCCUCUGCUCAAUCUCUCAGCUGGUUCACAAACACUUGUGGUAGGAAAUGUGAACGCUGUCUCUUCUUGCAAGCUCUAAAUCAGUUUUAUAGACUCUGACCAUAUGACUAGAGCAAUACGGCCCCACCCCUAAAUUUUACAGACACAGUAACCUUGUGUUUUACCAAGCAUGGGUACAAUCAUUUGUGUGAGUGGAUAACAUGUAAAGUCAAUGCAACAACGGGAUUAGACAGGCAUUUUACUUAGGCGUAGCGAAUUACAUGAAUUAGUUUGCUCAAUUCUUCUUGUGUCGCACCAUUUGCAAUUUGCCAAGUAGAACAUAGGUGUAAUUGCGUCUAGGCAUUGACUUUACAUGUAAUUCAUUCAUGCAAAGGAUUCUACACGAGGUGACACUAAGACAGAAGUAAAAAAGAGCUCAGCUAGAGAAAAGAGAGUGAGAAUGAUCUGAUUAUCUGAUAAGUUGUUUAAACUCAACAGAGUCUCAUGGUGCGAUCAUGUUCUGUUAUGUUUGUUGUAAACUAGUAAUGGGCACGGCAGUUCUUUUAGAUGUACUAAAUUACUAGAAUCAGUUCACUCGAUUUUUUUUAAAGGUUUGUUAACCGAAUCACAGAAUCAUUCAGCACUUGGUGGGAGGAGCCUGCAACUCCAACUUCCUGAACUGAUACGCAACGGUUCAGGGUUCAGUUCAGAUUCAUAGCUUCUGGGACCGGGAGACGAGAGUGUUGUGGCUGUGUAGCUUUGACAAACAGGUUUGUGAAAAUGAAUUUGUCCAUAAAUCAUAAUAUUUUAAGUGUACUGUCCAGUGGUACAUCGCCAUGAAAGUUUAUCUUCUUAAGACAAAAAUGAUUCCAGAGAGUGUAGUUCACUGCAUGAUUCAUUCACCAAGGGAUUCAGGCAUCAGUAGGUGCGGUCCCUUUCUUGCUGGCUGCUUGCCCAGCAAUGGUGUGUGCUAUGUCAGCUGUUCAACUGAAGUGAGAAACGAAUGAAUCACUUGAAGAAGGGAUUCGGUUCAGUACGUUCACUUGAAAGUUUCUGUUCUUUUGAACCAAUCAUUCGCAAAAGACACAACACUAAUGUAAACAUAAGAAUAAGACAUGUUUUUCAGAGCUCCUCUCCGUUUAACUUUUAUCUGUUAAUUCAACCGUCUUUAACUGAGUCUGCUCGAGAAUAGACCUAGAAUCUUGUUUCUACAUCUAUAUAAGUCUGUUUGAGACCAUGAAAUGCCGGACAAAUUGAAAACUGAGAAGAAAGACAAGCCAAAAUCCAACCCGCUCAAGCCAGCUAACAGCAUGGUAACGGCUAAUAUCAGCGAUCCUGUACCAGAGCAUAUACCCGUCCCUCAGAUGGAAGAAGCAUUGAAAAAUAUGCAAGACACUAUACUUGGGACUAUCAACACCUGGUUCAAUCUACUGGAGGAGAGGUUUGCCUCUCCAGUCCACACACAGCACUCUGGCAAGCCGAUUGGAUGAUGUGGAUGUCACAGUCAUGGACCAUGAGAUGCGUCUGAAGGCUGCAGAGUCAGCCAUUACUGAGCUCCGUAUGGAAAACGCCUCCCUCAGAGCCAAGACAAAUGACCUGGAGGGUCGCUCCAGGCGCAAUAAUGUCAAACUCGUAGGCAUACCCGAGGGAGAGGAGAAAGGAAAUCUGUUUUGUCAGUUUGUGAGCUCUCUUAUUCCUAAACAACUGGGCAAGACCAACUUCCCAAAGCCAGUGAUCAUCGAUCGUGCCCACCGCUCUCUAUUGCCCAAGCUAGCAGCAGUAGGACCUGGACCCGCUUCCAGACUCCAGAGCUGAAAAUCAAGCACAGCCUGCACUUUCCUGCCAAGCUUCACUUCCAGCACAAUGGGCUUCAGAAGAUAUUCACCUCUCCCGAGGAUGCAAGGAAAUUCGUGGGCAUCCAACAGGUCACUGGAGGCGACUAAACGUGGUCUGGUAUGUGGACUGUGACUGUCACUUUAAUACAUGCAGACUCUACAGCAGAAUAUGAAUCAUAAACAUCAUACGGUAAUGUUUCAUGGGCAUAGGUCCACAUUUUGUUGUGUGAACGGCAGAGAGGUAGACGGCUUAUUUAGUUGAUAACUUUUUUGCUGGUUAUAUUUGUGUUUUAAGCCAUACGCCCCAUGACCUUCUGCAAGAUUAUGGGGAUGCUUCGUUUGGGGAAGUGUCAGUGGGGAGGGGGGUGGGUUAUACCAGUGUUGUUCUAUGUUUUCCGGAGUGGCCAAACUAACUGUAUUUGCUUGUCAAUAUUAAUGUUCUUUGGGUGUUUUAGAGUGUUGUCUUUCUGCAUAAAUAUUAUUGUCACUACCUAAAAUUGCAAAUCAGUCAGACAUGAGUACAAUUUUACUAGUUUCAUGGGAUGUACGUGGCCUGGGUCAUGCUAUGAAGCGAGGUAAAACUAUUCUUACUUCUCUCAUGUACAUAAAUCCUACGCAAGGAUUGACUGCUUUUUGGUAGAUGCUAAAUAUCAUAACAUCCUAAUUUCAGAUCAUUUCCCCGUCUGACUACAACUAAAGCUUGAUCUACCAAAAUGCACCUAUUGCUGGUGCUUUAAUCCAUGGUUACUAACAGAUCAAGUAUUUAUCGACUAUAUCUCUGUGCGCCUUGAGGAGUUCCUUGAGAUCAACGAUACAGGGGAAGUUUCAGACUCUACGCUCUGGGUGACCCUCACGGUGGUGAUGAGAGGUCAUAUAAUUUCUUUUGAGGCUUCAAAAAGGAGGGAACAGCACCGCCGCCUGGUGGAAAUUGAGAAUGCAAUUCCAACUCUAGAACAGACCUACCGGGGCUCCCUGUCUCAAGAAGAUUUCAAUAGGAUUUUGAACUUGAAAUAUGAAUACAAUAAAAUUCUCAGUGGAAUCAUAAGCAAUCUACUACUAAAGGUCAAACAAAACCACUUUGAGCCAGGGGAUAAACCAGAGAGGCUGUUGGCCAGACAGCUGGAAUGUGCUCAGGCAAACCGUGCAAUCUAUAAAAUUAAAUCUAGUACAGGAGAAUUGAAUUGAAUCAAAAAUCCAUCACCCAAGUCUUAGCUAACCAACUGGGAAGGCAUAUUUCAUCAGUCAUACACCCCAAUUAAACAGGGUUCUUCCCGGGUAGGUUCUUGUUCUGUAAUGUGCGGCGGUUACUCAACAACUUAUACACUAACCAUUCAGAUAACCCUGGAGCAGCGGUCUUGGCCUUAGACGCAGCCAAAGCCUUUGACCAAAUAGAGUAGCCUUUUCUGUUUGAAUCGCUUAAAAGAUUUGGAGUUGGGGAUGCUUUUAUUACUUGGGUUAAGAUGUUGUAUCUUUGCUUCAAAUCCUUCAUUCUCACCAACAAUAACAGAUCUGGGCCCUUCAGGUUACACCGCAGAGUCAGACAAGGUGACCCCUUGUCACUUCUCCUAUUCGAUUUGGCUCUGGAUCCUCUCACAGUAUGGGUCAGGAGUCAUCCCUUUAUUCAGGGCAUUAAGAUAGGGGGCGUGGAAAGCCAUAUAGGGCUUUAUGCGGACGAUACAUUAUUAUAUCUUGUGGAUCCUGUGGUCUCUGUUCCCUAUUUGCUAGACUUAAUUAAAUGCUUUAGAAAACUAUCUGGGUAUACAAUCAACUGGGGAAAAAGCGAAUACAUGCCCUUAACAAGUAGUCUAGAUCAACAUUUUCUUGACACCUUACCUUUUACAAUUGUAAAGGAUCAUUUUACAUACCUAGGGCUUAAAAUAUCUUGAAAUCCCAAGCAUUUAUUCAAACUCAACUAUUCUGACAUGAUUUUGAAGCUCAAAAAUAAUAUAGAGAAACGGAGAAUCCUGCCACUAUCCAUGGUAAGGCGUAUUUAUGCAAUCAAAAUGGUGGCUCUCCCGAGGUUUUUAUACCUGUUUCAAAACUUGCCACUUUUUCUCAACUUAAAAUUUGUCAAACAACUACUCAUGACUCUCGACUCAAUAAUUCUUCCAUUUGUCUGGGGUUAUAAGACGCCUAGAAUAUCCAAAGUAUAUCUGCAGAAAUCUACGGAAGAGGGAGGAUUUGGCCUCCCCAUUUUUAAGAAUUAUUAUUGGGCUGCUAAUGCCAGGGCCCUGAUGUACUGGCAGCAGGGUCAGUCAGCUGAGGCACCUAAUAACUCCCCUCAAUAAGACCCUCCAGGAAUCUGCAGAGAAAAAGUUUUGAUUCUGCGGAGAACAAUCCUGAUUCUGCGGAGAGCAAUUCUUGAUUCCGCGGAAAUCCGCGACUUGAAAGUUGAGAUUCUGCAGACAUUGAAAAACCAACCUAAAAUUUCCAGUUCUGAAGCAAACAUAUUUUUUCAUGUCAUAAUAAAGAAAAACAUAUCUUAUGAAAUGAAUUGCAAAACCAGACAAAAACAGAUUUAUUUGCAGCAACUUCAGGGAUCGCUUCGGGAUCGAUUUCUUAAUGGUCUUGGGCCGUUUUAUUUAUCUGACCUGCUUUUAGCAUAUCAGCCCUCGCAGACCCUGUGGUCCUCUGGUACCGGCCUUUUAACUAUCCCACGAACCACGACAAAGAUGCACAGUGAGGCUGCCUUCAGCCAUUAUGGCCCUUACCGGUGGAACAGCCUGCCAGAGACCCUCAGGGCCGCAGAGACUGUUGAUAUUUUUAAAAAGAGGCUAAAGACACACCUUUUUAGUCUGGCGUUUAACUGAUUUUACUGUCACUCAUCAUACGCUGUGUUUUUUACUCCAUUAAAUAUGUGCCAUCCACUCUACAGCCCGCCUUUCCAUCUGGGAUCCUCCUCACACACACGCACCAGAUCGCACAAGCAUUCGGCUGUGAGUUCCCAUUCCCGUCUAUCUGACCCGUCUAUCUGACCAUGUCAUCGAGCAGCCCGGAUGAAAAUACAUGUAAAAUAUAAUAUUCUGCACCUCGCCUUGUAUUCCACGGACUACUUCAAUUUCCACGGAGGACUUCGAAAUCUGCGAUAAUUUGGUACAAACUGAUUCAGUUCAAAGUCAUUCAUCUUUUACAUUUGUCAAAGCUUAAAUUACAUAGAAUCUAUCCAUCAAUUUUUCCAUUGUGUGAUAGAUGCAGGGGUGCAGAGGGUUCUUUAUCCCAUCUUUUUUGUCAUGUCCUCAGCUGCAGAAGUUUUGGUAUAAAAUAUUUCAAUGGUUUAGCGCAACAUAUGAUUUCGACAUAGAUAAGAUGUCCUGAGACUGAACUGACCUUAAACCAGGUGUAAAUCCCUGGUUACCUGUGAAGUGUGUCUUUCUCAUCAUAGUUCUGGAGAUGUACCACCAGGUGUGGUCAGGCCCUGCUCUCUAAGAACAAAAGUACACAGGAGUAUUCUCUUUCAGUCUGCUGAUGGAGAUUUAUUCACCUGUGGUUUUUGAUAUGUGACAGUCUCUAACAAGCUGAAACUUCAGGUGUUGAAUGCUAAAUUUGUUCAUUUAAAGACUAAAAAAAAUAAAAAUAAAAAUAAAGAUAUUUUUUCAGCAUAUUUUAACCUGUGCUAAGUAUCCAUCUUGUUCACCUAUCUGGAGCUUAAUGUGACGUGUAAGAACGUUUAGAAGAUGCAUCAGUUAGUCUGACAUUUUGUGAGACCUUCACUAAUGAGGUUAAAGGAAGUCAGCUAAUGGCUAAUGGCUAAGCAGCAACAGGAAGUCCACAACUCAGAGCAGGGAGGGGAGGCUUUUUACAUGGCCACAGAAAGCUAUUUAGUGCUUGUUAGAGGUUAGUGGCACACUUCCCUCUGUUUAUUUUUCUCCCUAAUGUGAAACUUAAUUGAACUUGCUACAACCAGGAUGAAGCUUCAUGCCGUGCAGAUGUCUUCUGUCAGUGUAUCUUUAUGUUUCUGCACAUCUGUUACUAACACAGUCUUAUUUAUGAAACUUGAGCAUAACCAAUUCGAGUGUGAACUGUGAGAAGAGCCUAGUAUACAGGCAAACCUGCAUUCAUCAUUGUUUUAGUAGUUCAGAUGCAGGACAGUGUGUGUCAGUGAAGAGUGCACAGAAAUGGUAUUCAUUAGAAAUCUGUAUUUAAUUCAUACAAAAUCAAAUCAAAUCAAACUUUAUUUAUAUAGCACCUUUCAUACAAGCUGCAACACAAGGUGCUUUACAAAAAAGAUAAAAACAAACAACGGCAAAUAUAAUGCAAUAAAAUAAGUAUAAAACCUGUCUCUUCCCACCCACAGCAACACAUACAGGCAUGCACAGCAUCCCUUAUGCUCAGGAUAGACAGAUAGCCUCAAAACAAGUCAUUAAAAUAGGAUUUAAAAAAAAUCAAUAAAAACCACAUUUAGCUUUAAGCAGAUUUAAGCUUCAGAUAAAGUUAUAAAUAUGAUAUAAUAGUAACUUAUAGUAGAUGGCAUCACAUCACUCCAGUUUUAGCCUCUCUUCACUGGCUACAUAACAGUUUUAAAAUUGCUUUUAAGAUUUUAUCAAUCACUUUUAAAGCUAUCAUGGGACUUGCUCCAAGCUAAAUUUCAGAGCUUUUAGUACCUUAUGAGCCAGCUUGUAGCCUCAGAUCCUCUGGUGAAGGCCUCCUGGUCGUUCCAAAGUUGAGGCUCACAACCAAAGGUGACAGAGCUUUCUCUAUCAGGGUUCUGUGACUUUGGAAAGACCUGCCAGAGGAGAUAAGGCGUGCAGAGACAGUCGCUUCUUUGAAGUCAAUCUUAAAAACUCCCUUGAACAGACUUGCUGUUAUGUGAUGCCUUCUUUUAUCUUUUAUUUGUAUUUUUUUUUACCUCUAUCUUAUUUCUGUCUUUUUAGCUUUUGUUACACUUGCUGACGUUCUGUGCGUUAUGACUAUUUGUCAAAACACUUUGUAAACCUCUGUUUUUAAAAGUGCUAUGAAAUAAAGUUAUUAUUAUUAUUAUUAUUAUUAUUAUUAUUAUUAUUAUUAUCAAAUGGGUUAUUUUACACGUGUGUUCUUUGGCACAGAUGAACGCCAAUUGAGAGCACGCUGUUACUUUAUGAUUGGUUGCAAAUGAUGGACUUCCAUGAAUUGACAUUAAAUUUCAUGACAUGGUUCUCGUGUUUGGCAGUUAUACAUAAUAAUAAUUAACGUGAUUUAUUUAUUUACAUGUUUUUUUUCCAAGUUAUUCAUAGUAGAGAUAAAUAUAUAUAUUUACAUAUCAUUUUGGAAAAUUACUAGUUUUAGAGCCUACUUCUAUUAUGUAUAGUUUUCUAGCUGUCUCCAUCAUUCUGAGGUCAGAGAGUCAAAUUAAGAUUAAAAAAAGAAACUGAUAAUUGAAGUAAACCUGAACAGGUAGUAUGGAAAAGCUUUUAAUAAUGAUGCUUAAAGGACAAAUUUAGAGCAGAGCAGAUAGCUCCAGAUUUAUCUCUGUGGCUUUCAAAUGUUAUAGGAUGGAAACAGUUAUUUUGAGUUUUUGUUCUGGACCUUGAAUAGAAAAGGGAAAAUCUGUAUUGGUGCUGUAAAGUUGCUUGUGUUAAGUGUUAUUGUUCCUUACCUUUUGUUGCGUUAUUGAGUGUGAAAAUAACAGUACAAUACUGUAAAUAAAAAUAAAUACAGUAAUAAAAUUCUUUUUUGUAUUAAGAGUCAAUUUACUGUUGAUGUUCGUGAUUGUACUUCCCGUUAUUAAAAAUUAAAUUACUGUUAUUGUUAGUGAUGUGUUCCACCCGACCAUCAUGUGAUUGGUUGCUUGGAGUCAUGAAACCUGCACCUUUCUGCUCCAGGCAGCAUCUAUGCAUGAUUUCAGUGGAGCUGUUUGGUGGUGUAGGGGUAAGCGCGGUUGCCACACAAGGAAGGUUGCUGGUUUGAAUCUCUGGCUAGGCAGGGGCUUUAAUUUCCCAAAAGGAACCUUCCAGAAAAUAUCCACAAAGUUUAAUCCAAUCUGAUCUAAUCUUUCUGUGCGGAGUUUGCAUGGUUUCUUUAUACAGUGAAUGCCUUGUUUCUCUCUGGAUACUUCCUCCCGCAGUCUACAAACAUGCUAAUCAUUGCUUACUCUAAACUAUACCUGUAGGUGUGAAUGUGUGCUUGUUUUUAUGUGUCAGCCCUGUUUUACACUGAUGACCUGUCUAGGUGUUCCUCUCACCCAUGACAGUUGAGAGAGGCUCCCUGCAACCCAAAAUGUAAAGUGGGUGAAGAUAAUCUAUUAAUGUAAAAGUAUAGAAAGUUAUGCUAUAUAUGUUAGAGCAUGACUGAUGUUGCCUAACUCUGCAGCCAUAUAACACACAGGUACACACAGAUACACACUACCUGCAAAGUGUCGAAGUGAGGAGCAACUGAAAGGUGAUUUCAGAUGUUUAUCAAUUAACCCUGGACAGUAAGGAAAGGCUGAUAGUGUGAUGUUUUUUUCAAGUUGUUUGACAGGCCCUCAAUGUGACAGUUGCACAUGUGUAUAUGGCUGUUGUAAUGUUCAAACCAUUUGAACCUUUUUUUCCUAUUUCAGGUCCAUUAAAGAUUAGGGGCUCUAUUUUCGUGUCCGCCGGUGAGGCGGCGGAGGGUGGCGGACCCCGCGCAGUUGUAUUUUUGUCUGGUGGAGCCCGGCGUACAGCCAGUUUGGUAUUUUCGUGGACUGAGGCGCAUGGAGCCGAACCGAGAUGCGCCAAGCUGGGCGUGGUAGCGAGGAACUAGACUAGACCAGCUGCGGAGCACAGCUGGUCUAGUGGUAUUUUAGUAGACCGGCGGCGUAUCGUCAUACAUCACCAAUGCCUCACAGGCAGGUUUCCACAGUUUCAGGCACAUUUCAUAAAAAAAUCAACAACUAUUAAUCUGAGUCAGCACAUACAUUUAGAUCUAUAUAGAUAUAUUUUGCUCUAUAUCUGAUCUGAUGAGCGCGUUUGGCACGCGUUUGGACACACAACCUGACCGAAUCUACAGAGCUGAAACCGCAUUAAACUAAAUUAAAUAUCUAGUAAAUAAACACACAUGAUGAAGUUAACAAGAUAUUUAAUUUGUCUCCCUCCCUUUCUUUCUUCCUCUUCCUCUUAUUUCUCACGCAGCUUGACCUGGACAUGUCUCCGUGUCCUCUCUCCGUCCUGCUGCAGCGGCUGAACAGAUGAUUUGUUUCAGUGAUCAGUUGAGUUAUUUACUCUAAGCCUACAUACGGAUAUUAUAAUAUUCAGUUUUGUGAGCCAAAUUUAUUUUAUAUGCCAACAUCUAUGAAAGAAAGAGCCAGGCCACGGAGCGCGAUGCAUCAUUUAUGCACAGAUGGUUCCGAUUUUACGGCGGCACGUCUCCAGCGAGGCACGAAAAUAGAGCCCUAGAGCUCAAAGGUUUGCUGCAGUGUUGUCAUUGUUAUUCAAGAAUCUGAGCAGAACUAAAUACUUCUUCAAAUCUCAGAGGGACCCUCUAGCUUCAGCUAAUUUGCAUACUGUCCCUCUCCGUUUGUCUUGCAGGCUAUGGGGAGAUCUAUCCUGUUACCCUUCCUGGUAAGGUGGUGUGUGUGUUGUACGCCAUGGUUGGUAUCCCUCUCAUGCUCCUUGUCAUUCUUGAUGUUGGAGAUUUCCUCGCUAUGCUGAUGACACACACUUACAUCCAGAUCCACACCUUCUCAAAAGACCUCUGCUCACACACUUGGUCACCCUGGAAAGCUCAGAGGAGGGCAGAAAACUCGAACUGUCGGACUCUGGAAGAUGGGACUUUUGUUUUCAGCCAUGACGUGGUGGUCCGGGAGCCUCUUGACAUUCGACAAGUGCUGCACAGCCAGGCAGAUGUACAGCAGAAAUCUAUCCACCUGCAGAAUAACAAAGACAUCUUUGAGAAGAUUCUGGCCAGGGAGAAUUUGCUAAGAAAGGGUCCACUGCUGAGGUCCCUCUCCUGUCCGGAACUGGACCGCAUGCCAGCACCACACAAAGGAUACAUGAUAUGGGACUUCACAGGGUUGGGGGAUGGUAUGGAGACUCUGGAUGUCCCCUUUGUGCUAAUCCUUUUCAUUGUGUUUGCAUACAUUUUAUUUGGUGGUCUAAUUCUUCCACUGUGGGAAACUGAAUUCACAGGAUUUGACCCAUACUACUUCUGUUUCAUCACACUCACCACCAUCGGCUUUGGGGACAUCAUCCCAAAUCACCCUAAAUACUUCAUGCUAACCUCACUAUUUAUCAUUGUUGGCAUGGCCAUCAUGUCCAUGGCUUUCAAGCUGUGCCAAACACGACUUGUGAUCUGCUACCGCCAAUGCAUAAAGUUCAUCAGCAGAGGUAACACUGAAACGUUUAAAAGAAAAGAAGAAAAUGAUUGAGUCACUUGAAGAGUCUCGACCAAAUGUCUCCAGUUAAACAAGCUGAUCGUGAAACAGGAAGGGGUGUGCACUAGUAUGGUGGGCUCUUUCCUGGUUGUUCAAUUGUGAGCAUGUGCUAAAUUAAAAACUAAGCAUGUGUUAAAACUGUUUAAAGGACAUUUACUGAAAAGUACAAGUGUUGAUUUUGCAUCUGUAGUUACAGCAGUAAAUAACUAUGAGCUGUGGUAUAAUGACAUGUUAGACUAUAUGUUAGGUCUUCACCUUUCUUACUUCUUAUGCAUUUUUAUAAGCCACUCCAAAUAACCCAAGUGACCUGACCCCACAGACACACUGAGCUAGUAAAGUGUCCUGUAUUGGACUUUAAGAUAACCUUUUGUUCACUUUGGUAUCAAACAGAUAUUUAAAAAGAUUAUCAAUUUUUCCUAAUUUGAACCAUUAGUAUAACUAGAAAGUCAAAUGUCAGGGACAGAUUCUUGGCUGCAUGAAGUAAACAUCCAUCAGAAAAAUAAACAGGCUUGGUCUUCUCUGCAGAAACUUCAAAACUGUAAAGCAGUCUAAAGCUGGUUCUUGUCAUGGUGUAGCUGUUUGUAUGUAUCUGCUCUGGUAAGGUUUUUACCUGCUCUAGUUGGAACAUAACAGCUCAGUCAACCAUCAGCUACAUCCAUGUGUCCAAAAAAGCUGUCAUAAACUUAAUAAAAUGAUUUGCAAGACAUUAAAACUCCAUAAUUAAUUUUACAUGGCAUAAAGAUGACAUAUCAAAUGUUCAGACAAAACUUAAACACAUUUUGAGUUUGAUGCCAUAAACCCAUCUUUAAAAAGUGUAUAAGUAGCAUCAAAAAUGCAUAAAAGUAGUAAAAUAUCAGAAUGAACUUUUUACAAAUAAUUAAGUCAACUGACAACAGGCUAGUAACCUGAUAAUAAGAUAAGAAGAGCAACGAAGAGAGUCUUUAUAAAAUGCAGAUGACAAGAGGUUCAGUGCAUUAUUAAAAAAAAAAAAAAAAACGUUAAAUGGAUUUUUUUUAAUUAGUUUUUCAGCAUAAAAUGACAAAGAAUGUAGUAAAAGAUUUACAGGAUCUGGAGAACUGUCUGUACAAAAGGGACAAGGACCAAAACCCAGACUACAUGGUCCUGAUUUAUGUGCCUUCAGGCAGCACCUCAUUAAAAACAGACAGGAUUCUGGAGUGGAAAUCACUGCAUGGGCUCAAAAUUACUUCAAAAACCAUUGUUUGUGAACACAGUUCAUCACUGCAUCCACAAAUGAGGUUAAAACUAAACCAUGCAGAGAGGAAACCAGAUAGAAACAGGAUCCAGGUUUAAGGUAGACUGAAGGGAAGAGGAAAACUGCCCUGGGGGUUGGAUGGAUCAAAAUUUGAAAUCCUCUUCAAAAUUAUAUAAGUCCUAGCCUCCUUUCUAUAGAGUUAAUGGAUCACCUGGCUUGUUCUCAGCUCUCAGCUCAAAUUCAGCAUCCCUGAUGGUAUGGAGAUCAUCGGAGUACAUGUCAUGGGUAUCUUCCAUAUGGAUGAGUACUUAGACUUAGACUUAGUUCCUCCUGUUCCUAUUGGAACAUUGGGCGACGAGUCCCCUCCAUUUGCUCCGGUCCCUCGCGACCCUUCUUGCUCCAUGCCAGCUGACUCCCAUCUCGCUCAGGUUUCCUUGGCUGUUUGUCUCCAUGUCUUCUUUGGCCUCCCUCUCCUUCUCUUUUCCCCCUCUGGCAACCAGUCUAUUGCCACACUUGCUGGUCACUCUCUUGGCAGUCGGAGUACAUGUCCGGUCAUUCUCUUUCUCCUGUCAGAGAUGAUGUCAGACAAGGGUGUUACACCUGCCCUUCUCAUCACCUCUUCAUUGGUGAUGUGGUCUCUCCAUGACAUCUUUAAGAUGGACCUGAGGCACCGUCGAUGGAAGACUUCGAACUUGUUGGUGAUGCUGACUGUCUUCGUCCACGUCUCACAGGCGUAGGUUGCUUUGGGGAUGACCACUGACGUAUAGAGGCGUAGCUUUGUGGCCAUGGUGAUGGAUUUUGACGACCAGAUGUUCCGGAGUCAUUGGAAGACUCUGGCAGCUUUGCCAAUUCUGGUCUGUACGUCUUUCUCCACGUGUCCAGUAUUUGAGACGUUGCUUCCGAGGUAUGUGAAGUUCUUGAUGUACUCUAUGUCUUGCUCGCCUAUGGUGAGUGGUGGAAGGUGUUGAUGUUGUGCAAUGGUCAUGGCCUUGGUCUUUUCUUGGCUUAUACGUAGACCGACUUUUGCUCCUUGCUCAUGCAGGUUGUUUGUCAAUUCUUUGAGUGCAACGUGGGUAUGGCUAAAGAGCGCCAAAUCGUCUGCAAAGUCUAGAUCUGCCAGUCUGCCCCCUCCCCACUUGAUGCUGUGGUUUGCCCCGAUGACAGUUUUCCUCAUCACAAAGUCAAUGACUGUAAUAAAAAGUAAGGGUGACAGGAUGCAACCCUGUCUUACCCCAGUCACGAUGUUAAAGUCAUUGGUUUUGCCGUUGGUGGUUUUUACUCGGCAAGUGGAGUUAUGAUAUAGGGCCCUGAUGAUUUUGACAUACUUGGGUGGUAUACAGUAUAGUUGGAUAGUAUGCCACAGUGAUUCCUGGUGGAUGCUGUCGAAAGCUUUCUUGAAAUUGAUGUAAUUGAUUGUGAGGGGUAUCUGGAAUUCUUGGCACUGUUCUUUGAUGUUUCGGAGAGUGAAGAUUCGUUCGGAGCAGGAUCUACCCUCUCGGAAGCCGGCUUGAUCUUCCCUCAAGAUGGUAUCUACCUCGUCUUUAAGGCAUUUGAGCAGCACACAGCAGAAUACCUUGCAAGGGAUAGACAGCAGCGUGAUUCUCCGCCAGUUGUUACAGUCUGCGAGGUUUCCCUUUUUUGGCAGCGUCACUAUGACCCCGCGUCUCCAGUUGGCAGGGAAUUCUUCAGCAUGCCAAAUCCGGUUGAACAGGUGUUUGAGACCCUCCACAACAACCUCCUGGCCGUGCUUCAGCAAUUCAGUAGUUACUUCGUCGGGUCCUGGUGUCUUGUUGUUUUUGAGGCUCUUGAUUGCUUCUGCAAUCUCAGUCCUGGUUAUCUCUUCUGAACUAGCGUUCAGAGGUGGGGCUGGUGUUUCCUGGUCAAAGUUGAAGAGGAUCGAGGGUGUUGGUUGGUUAAGAACGUCCUUGAAGUGUUCCAUCCACCUUGCCUCCUGUUCCUCCUUCCUUGGGAGUGCCCUGCCAUCCCUGCUCUUGAUCAGCACACCGGAGCUGCUCCUGGAGCUGAUUAGCUCUCGCACAAUCCUGUACAGGGCUUUUGUGUUCUUCUUCUCUGCUGCCUCUUGUGCCUCUCUUGCUUUCUCUUCCAACCACCUCCGUUUGUCAUUCCUGCAGCUCUUCUUUACCUCCCUGUCCAAGUGCCUGUACUCCUCAUAUGGAUGGGUAUCGUUACGAUUUAUAUGAAUCCAAUUCCUAUUCAAGUUUCAGGUGAAAAAUAAGAAGCUAAAUGUAUAUCUAAGAUACUUUAUUGCAAAUGACACUGUAACAUCAAUAUCAUGUGAAUAUAUAUAAUAAAGAUAUAAAAUAAAGUGUAUUUAGUAAGAGAUGCUUCUGAUAAAAUGUUGGGGCAGCUGCUGGGGGUGCUUGGACUGGGGCUCAAUGUCUCACAUCACAAAACAUCAUACACUGUACAGUCCUUCGGCGUUCAGUCCUUAAUCUUUUGUGCAAGUGCAACCUGUCAAACCGCUUAUUAACUUCCCACAUCUGUUGCAUUUUCCCUGUUUACUGCCGCUCUGUAUUGUGAAAUAAAGCUACAACCUUGACUGCUUUCCCUGGUCCUUCCUCUAUCGCUAGUACCUGCUGCUCAGUGUUCCGAAUGGGAAAUAUAGAAUUAUGGUAUCGGAGACUCAAAAUUAACGUAUUUUUUGGAAAAUUACAUAGAGGACACGCGACUGACAGGUCCUGGCAGAUAUCUAAAAUCCAUAAGCAUGUUUAAAUGAGCACAUCUAGGAACUGAUAAGCAGAACCAAAACUAAUUUAUGGGUACCGGGUACCUGCUAAAUUUAAUUUGGCUCUUACUUGGAACCAGUUUCGGAACCCAAAGCUAAUCUUCCACAGCUGUAAAGGCUCCAUGAACAAUAUCCACAGUUUUAGGAGCAACAUCUGCUGCCAUCAAGACAAUGACUUUUUCAGGGAAGACCUUCAUAUUUCAGCAAGACAAUGACAAACCACAUUCUGAAAACAGGGAUUACAACAGCAUGGCUCUGUAGUAUUAUUAAUAAUCAUUUAUAAUCAUUGAUAAUGUAAUGUAGCAGAUAUCUCUCUCUCUCUCUUUUCUCUGGCAGGUUGAUGUGUCAUGUCUGUGUUUGUCAUGUAUUUUGUAGGAAAUAGCAUCACUUUGUUGAACUUUGACACACUUGGCUGUCUCUGCAUUUCGAUCCCAGUGCUGACACACUGAAUGUAUGUAAGUAAAGUGUAGCCAUGCAGCAUGAGUUUGGGUUGUCAGUACAGCUGCAUGUAGGUAAUGGACCAAGUACAUAAUGGACUGAGGAAUGUUGUGGCUUCCUCUGAUCCCAGUUGAGCCAUCAUUUCCUGUAAGCUUAUUGGUUUAAUGCUCAUCAGUGACACGAUAGUCACAUUUCAUGUCUUUCUUUUAAAGUGAGUGUGUGGUCUACAGCAAAGAAGAUGUUUAUGCC